AUGUUGAAGAUAUUUCGUAAAGAUUCAUGGAAAAAAUCUUCUACAUUAAAAAGAAAAAAUUCUAACAAUAUUGUAUUUAAACCAUUAUACAAAAGAAUUUAUUCAUACAAUAUUUUAAGUUCUACAUCAACAAUUACCAAUUUUAAUGAAGUUUCUGAUAAAUGUAUUAUUGAAAUUUUGAAACGAAUGGCUUUUGAAGAUAUUCUUAAUAUGAAACUUGUUAAUAAAAGACUUAAUGAAAUUAUUCAAAGACAUUCUAAUGAAUUUGUUUACAAGAAAAUUGAAAAUUUUUAUAUUAUUGGUGUUAAUACUCCUGGUCAUGAAACUAUUUAUUAUCCUCUUACAACCAAAACUUUAUCACUACCUGAGGAAGACCGUCCCUCAUAUGGUUUUACAUUUCAAAAGAUGUAUAAAAAUCUUAAGUCAAUUUCAAUUACCAAUUCAUUAUAUAUGGAUGAUGUAACUUUUUCAGAUGAAUGUUACAUGCUGGUACAUCGUUUAUGUGAACGUAGUAUAAAUGAUCUUACAUUAAAAAAUUGUUUAAUUACCCUUAAUUUUGAAAAAUUUAUCAAUAUACUAAAAAUUUUUCGUUUUAAAAAUGUUAUUUUAAAAAAUUGUACAUUGGAGGAUUGUCAAUUGUUGGGAGAUGAUUUAUUUAUAUCAAAUUUACAAUUAAAAAAAUUUAUUUUUAAUAUUGAUAGAAAAAAAAAUGAUAUUAUUUAUGCACCAUUACUUUCUAAUAGAACAUUAAAGGCAUGGGCUGAUAAUGCAAGAUGGCCAAAUAUUUUAUCAUUACAUGGAGUUAAAUCAAAUAUAUCUUAUAUAGGAAUCUCAGCAUUAUUUCAUUCAUUUCAUUUAUUUUCAAUGCAUAUGCAUGAUCAAGAUUGGUGGUUAGAUGAAAUGAAAAAAGUUAAAUGUGUUAAUUGGGAUUUUGGAUAUAUACGUUGUCAGUUAAGUCAAAUUCUUGCAGUAUCACGAAUAUACAAUUCAUGGAUCAAAUAUAUUAAAAAAGAAUCAAAACAAAUUACUUUUACUUAUAGAUAUUCUGAAAAAACAUUACCAUUAAAUUUUAAUGUAAAAAUUUAUAUGUAA